AUGGACAGACAAGAAGGACGUAUACUAAAGAGCCAGUUCCCAGAUGUCGAUGUGCCAGAAAUGUCGGUGAAUGAUUUCCUUGAGCAACAUUCCUGGUUGAACAAGCCACAGGACUCCAUAGCUGUGAUCGGGCGCAGUGUUGGACCACCUGAUGCUAGCAAGGAGUGGAGGUUGUCGUACAGAAAGCUGCGGGAGUCUGUAAGGAGAGUAGCUAGCGGUCUGGCCCGGCGCGGCCUCAGGAAAGGUGACGUCGUGUUUGUGUGCAGUUCUAACUGCCCAGAGUACGUGAUCACGAUGUUGGCAGUUUACUCGCUAGGGGCCGUCCUGACGUCUGCGAUUCCUGGAUCCUCUGCACGGAUUUCAUUUGGCAGCAUUGUAGACAAAGAGUGUAUACCAUUUAAUGAUUUGCUGGAAGACAGCGGCGACGCAUUUCCUAAAGACAACCGUGUUGAAUCCGGUGACCUAGCCAUCGUGCUAUAUUCCAGCGGAACAACUGGCCCGCCAAAGGGCAUACCUUGGACUCACAAACAACUCGUGGCUAAUCUCUGUACUGUGGUGGACGCAAUCACUAGGAAGCUGCUGCCCCCUGGUGUAGCGGGAGAGAUGUGCGUCCGUAAUCCAUAUAAUAUACUGCGCGGCUACAUCAACAACCCUGAAGCGACGGCACGCGCCAUUGACAGCGACGGUUGGCUGCACACGGGAGACCUGGUGCAGUACGAUGACGAUGGCUUCAUCUACUUCAUGGAUAGACUAAAGGAUAUUAUCCGAAUUGCACCUGACAAAACCACGACGAUUCAGGUAUAA